AUGGCUGCGGCCCUCCGGGGCCCGGAGUGUGAGGGGCGCCUAGGGCCGCGUGGCCAAGCUCAGUGCGGAGGACUGAGGCGUCCGCGGGGCGCCCGCCCGCCGGCACCCAUGUGCACCCGCCCGCCUCCCGGCGCCUCGCGCUCCUCGCGCGUCCUGGGCCCGGCCUCCCGGACGCCGAAUGCGCCGCCAGCCCUCCUGAUCCCCAAAGGCGUCCUGCACGGAAACGGGGAGCCCCCGAGUCUAGGGGGCUCGCGGAACUGCCAUCCCUUUGCAACCCAGCUCCUGACUCCCUGCAAACCUGUGAUAGACAUGGAUUGGGCCAAGCUGAGCAUCAGCAGCUCCUUCCUGUGGUUGGCACUGCUGUCAUUCUAUGCUCUAUUUCAAAAUGGAGCUUUCUUCAGCACAGCAGGCCCCGCGCUCCGCCGCCGGUCGACCGCUGAGGGCGAGGCCAGAAGGAACGGAAAUGUGGCACGGUUCGGCAGUUCUCAGAGGCGCGCGCCUGCCCAAGUACGCACGCUCCGCUGGAGCCUGGGGUGGCCGGGCAGUCUUGGCCGAGACGUGUUUGCUGCGCUUCGGUGCACACAGGCACUGCGGUGCCAACCUCCUGGUUCCGCCCUCCCCCGGCAGGCGCCCACGCGUGACCUCGGCCGCCCACAGGCCUUCGACUCUUCCCGGACCCCAGGUCCCAGGCCACCCCGCUCCACCAUGCGGAUGAUGAAGACAAAGUCCCCCGCAAGUCCCUCAUGUGGGGCAAGGGAGGUACCACCUGGGGCGGGGCCUGGCUCCCCACUGAGCAGAGGUGUUGGCCAAGGCGCUCCCCCUAGUGAGACAAGGUUUUGCCAUGUUGCCCAGGCUUUUCUCAAACUCCUGAGCUCAAGCAAUCCGCCCACCUCGGCCUCCCAAAGCGCUGGGAUUAUAGACGUGAGCCACCACACCCAGCCCCAGGUGGCAUGUCUUUCUGAUAGGCACUGCUGCAAAGUGAAUCGCACUGUGCUAAGCCCCCACAAGGGAGUGCCUUUGCAGCUUACAGCUGCACACGCAUCAUCUCAGGAGGUCUUUGCAACAGUCCCCUUUCAUGGGUAA